UAUUGAGAGCUGUUCCUAUUAUCUAACAAUUGAUGUACAUUGUGUGUUGCAAUGGGUUGUUGUUUUUUGUAAAUUGUAAUUUACAAGCUUUUAAAUUUCCCCGAAAUUAAAUACAAGUAUGCAUUUAACAUGUUAAAGAAGUGCUUUGUAACAAACAAAUAAAUAAUGUAUUGAUUGAUUAAUGAUUUAAUAAUAUAUUUAAAUACAUAUUAAAUAAAAAUCCUGGUUGAGGGGAAAAAAACAGAAGAAGAGCAAAUAUUUUAAUGAGUUCAAACAAUAGGGAAGUUUAAUUAAAACAUGAAUAAACAGUGAAGUAAACAAGAUUAAAGAAAUGAAUGACGUUUAAAUAUUUGGGAUUCUUAAUAAAUAUAUUCAUACUGCAAAAGAAGAUAAAUAUAAGUGAAAAGGGUAAAAAAAUAUUCAGUAUUUGUAAAAUAGAUUUUAAAAAAUGUUAACUAAAAACAACACUUAAAAUUAAAAAAAAAUGUGAGAAUUUACUGAAUAUAAAAUAAAAGCUUAUCCUUUAAAAAUUUUGAAUAUUAAAAACACUUAAGGUCAAAAUGAAUUAAAGAUCCCUAAUAUAUACGUAUAGAAAUUAGAAUGGAAACUGAAUAUUUGUAUAUUCAAGAAAAAAUAUUUAUAGACUGUUGAAAUAUGAGAUAAUAUACUCAUAAAAACAAUAUCUAAAUGUGACAACUACAACACUUACAAAUGGGAACUGAACGUUAGUAUAGUUGGUGUUGGUGAUGCAAUGUACCUAAUGUUGAGGUCUGUGGAAAAGUUGGGUAAAACGAUGACGUCAACACGUUGCUGUGCAUGUUCUGUUCGCCUGUGGGGGGUGAUGGCGGUCCAGUGGAUCGCUUUUGUGUGUGCGUGUGUUGCAGAUCAGAACACAUUCAGCGCCUCCUUGCGGUAAAUCGCCAGAAUCAGCGCGGAGGAGGGGCGAGAUUGUCCAGGGGCGGAGCGAGCGGAAGGGCGCUCUCUUAAUAUCCAGUAACCUCUUACUGCUCUCACAGUUAUGCUCAUAUCGACUCUUCAUGCACCUCCUAAUUUGCAUCUCCAGGUCUUGGCCAAAAACUCCAGCUGAAGACGAGCUCGGACUAUUUCACAGGCGGCAAAAUGUGCUCUGACGCAGCUUGAGGAGCAAGCACCAUCGAGUAAGUCCAGAGCAAGAGCUGGCCAAGGUGCACCAUGUCACACGCCCAGGUUGAGAUCCCCGGAUGCGGGUUCCCGAGCCUGCAGCCACACGUCCUGGGCGCGCGCCGCAACUCGUACGGCCUGCACAAGGUCAGCGUGGACGUGGACUCGCCCAUCUUCAGCGGCGCCCUCUCCAAAGCCCUCUCCUGGUCGGCCGAGAACAUCCUCAGCCUGCCCGAGUCCCGAGCCGAGGAGGACGAGGAGGAAGAGGAGGGAAAAACACAAGACGACACGCUCCCGGGGAGCCCCCUCCCGGAUGUCGCCAGCUCCCCGAGCGAGUCUGACGGCGAGCCGGCGCAGAGAAAAGGCCGGCGCGUGUCGCCCCGUGUGAACCUUGACCCGCGGUGGGAGGAGGAGAAGGAGGAAGUGGAGACCAAGGCAGUGGCGACGUCGCCUGACGGACGCUACCUCAAGUUCAACAUCGAGAUCGGGAGGGGGUCUUUCAAGACCGUCUACAAAGGCCUCGACACGGAGACCACGGUGGAGGUGGCCUGGUGCGAGCUUCAGACUCGUAAGCUGACCAAGGCGGAGCGUCAGCGCUUCAGCGAAGAGGUGGAGAUGCUGAAGGGUCUCCAGCAUCCUAACAUUGUCCGCUUCCACGACUCGUGGAAAUCGACGGUCAAGGGCCACAAGUGCAUCAUCCUGGUGACGGAGCUCAUGACGUCCGGCACCCUCAAGACCUAUCUAAAAAGGUUUAAGGAGAUGAAGCUGAAGCUGCUGCAGCGCUGGAGCCGUCAGAUCCUGAAGGGUCUCCACUUCCUGCACACGCGCACGCCUCCCAUCAUCCACCGAGACCUAAAGUGCGACAACAUCUUCAUCACCGGUCCCACCGGCUCCGUCAAGAUCGGCGACCUCGGGCUUGCCACGCUCAAGAGUGCCUCUUUUGCCAAAAGUGUGAUCGGAACGCCGGAGUUUAUGGCCCCGGAGAUGUACGAGGAGAAGUACGAUGAGGCAGUGGACGUCUACGCCUUCGGCAUGUGCAUCCUGGAGAUGGCCACGUCUGAGUAUCCCUACUCGGAGUGCCAGAACGCCGCACAGAUCUACCGCAAGGUCACCAGCGGCAUCAAACCCGACAGCUUCUACAACGUGAAAGUGCCGGAGCUCAAGGAGAUCAUUGAAGGCUGCAUUCACAUGAACAACGACGAAAGGUACACCAUCCAGGACCUGCUGGAGCACCCCUUCUUCCAGGAGAACCACGGCGUGCACGUGGAGGUGGCCGAGGAGGACGACGCGCUCAAAUCGGGUCUAAAGCUCUGGCUGCGUAUGGACGACACCAAGAAGCUCCACGGGAAGUACAAGGACAACAACGCCAUCGAGUUCCUCUUCGAGCUGUAUAAGGACGUCCCAGAGGAGGUGGCGCAGGAGAUGGUGGUGCUGGGCUUUGUGUGCGAGGCCGACUUCAAGCCGGUGGCCAAGGCCAUCCGGGACCGGGUGACGGCCAUCAAGCGGCAGCGGGAGAAGAUGAGGCGGCAGGCCGAGGAACAGAGGCCACGGUCGUCCUCCCCGCGAGUUGGCGAGAUCGUGAGCGCCGAGUCCCCGGCGCCGCCGGCCCCCUUGCUCUCCCCUCUCCUCUCACCCGUUACCAGCUCAGCCGACUCCGGCGUCAGCUCUGGCUGCCCCGCGGAGCCGGAGGAGCCCGAGGCCGACCAGCACUUUCACAUCCGUCACAACAGCCUCUCCUCAGCUAAUUCUGACUGCGAAACGGACGGCGACCUCAGCUCCUCAGGUCUUCAGGACCCCCUCGAGGCCACGCCCCCCGCCUCUUACACCCAGUCCCAAACCGCCGACGGCCUAUCCAUCCCGGCCCUCCGCUUUCCCUCGAGCAUUGCUGUAUCUAACAACACGGAACGCGUCAAGCCAGGAUCUCCAAGUGGCUUCAACUCUCCCGGUGACAGCUACGCCUCCGAUGUGACUUCCGGCCUCAGCGACGGCUACGAGGGCACGACAGAGAAGAGCGAGAAAACUCUUGCUCGACGAACCGCUGCCAAGCUUUUCAGGCGGCGGGUACGCUCCAGGCUGCGCAUCACCGGGCUGUCCGACAAGGUGGACCGGGUGGUGGAGUGUCAGCUGCAGACGCACAACGACAAGAUGGUGACGUUCAAGUUCGACCUGGAUGGAGACAACCCGGAUGACAUCGCCACCGUCAUGGUGCACAAUGAGUUUAUCCUGCCGUCGGAGAAGGAGGGCUUCAUCUACCGCAUGGGCGACAUCAUCAAGCGGGCAGAGGUGCUCAUGGCCAAAGAGCAACCAGUGCACCCCAGCGAGCAACGCCCCCCACAGCCCGCCUUCCACAACACAACCAACCCACUGUCUUCCUCCCAGCCGGAUCUGCACAGUCACAGCCUCCCACUAUCGCACUUCUCCUCUUCCCUACCUGACUUUGCUGUGGCUAACUCGUGCGCGGAAGGAUGUGGUCCGUGCCCAUGUGCCAACGGCGACGUCGUUACUCCAGAAGUGGUUUUACCCGGGCGACCGCUUGCCCGUUCGCAGUCGUUCCACAACGCGCCAGGGUCUCCUCUUGCUUACCAGCACACCGCCUCCCUCCUGCCCCAUUAUCACGUGCCCUACAUGGGCAACUUCUCGUUCCAGUACGCCGCCUCGCCGACCUCCCCCAAACCGGGGCCCGCGGCGGUGGGGGGCCUCCAUCCACCUCUCUCCCGUGUGUCCAGCAGUCCCACCUUUCCAUCAGUUCCUUCCCCGGUACCCCCGGGCUCCCCAAACCUCCUGAAAGAAAACGACAGCCCACCCGGGCCUUUGCCCAACCACCAGCAUCCGGGCAUGUGGCCCCAGCACAGCCAGCCCCUAUUCUCACUGGCCAACGUCAUUUCUAUGGCCAUGAGCAUGGCACAGUCGUUCAUCCCUCCAGCCCAACAGGGGAUGCCCUCCUACGGGGGCUUCCACCCUCAGUCGGCAUUCCCGUACCCCUCUCAUUACCCGACCCCCACAGUGGAGGUGCCAUACCCCAUAAACGUCUACCCCAGCCCGGAGACCACUCCGCCGACUGACGGAUUCCCUCAAGGUUGUCAGGACAGCCGUCCCGUUACCCCACCACAAACUCCACUGGAGCAGGCCGAACCCCCCACUCUCCCAGGCCACCUUCUUGAGGGCAUCGGACAGUUCCCGGGGCAAGACCCUGCCCUAUCCCAGGUGGCCAGUUCGACUUCGUCGUUGGAUCUGUCACCCUCGACAACGGACAGCCCGGAGAGCACCUUAUCAUCCAUCAGCACGCUAUCUGAACUGAACACCACGAGCCUGACGGGCCAAAAAACGUCACCAUUGAGCUCCUCGGGAACUCCGUCUACUCCCGUGACGGUGGGGCGUUUUCAGGUGUCGCCCAGCGCCGAGGUGCCAGGUGUCUCCUCGCUGCCGCAAGGGGGCGCGAUCACCACCCAGGAGGGGCAGGGCAAGUCGGGUGCCGGUCUGGGUGUCUCCUUUGCCAAGAGGAAGGAAGAAGAGGAGGAGCGGCCCAGGGCGAGGAGACGCGGCCGGAGGCGGGCGCACAGCCUGAGCCUGAUGGGCACGUCCGCGGACAGCGGGCUUUCGGUGACGGCCCCAGAGACGGAAGGCCGUCUGUGGGAUGGCGCGGUCGGGGGCCCGCAAUCCGGUAACGCAGUUAACCACCUGUGGACCAUGACCUCCAGCCACAACUCCUCCUACCUGAGCAGCGACGACUCGGACAGCGACGAUGACGAAGACAUGUUGGACGAGCUCCAGGAGCUCCGAGAGAAACAUCUGUCGGAGGUUCAGGAACUGCAAGCGGCUCAGAAGCGGGAAAUGGAGGAUCUGUACGAAAAGAUGGGCAAGGUCCCGCCUCCUGGCAUUGUUUCCCCGGCCGCCAUGUUCUCCAGCCGCCAACGGCGCCUGUCCAAAGGCGCGGGGGGGUUUCCGCCAUCGCGUCGGAACAGCCUCCAGCGAUUGGACAUUUUACCCAUCCAAGGUAUUAUCAGAAGAAACUCUCUGGGAGGAAGCAGCAGCAGCUCCCAGGACAAACACAGCAAAGGCGUCACUUUUGCUCCAGACAUGAGUAGAAUGUAAGAAAACUCCGAGCGAGCUAACACUAAGCAUCUGGACUACCUCAUCCGAUGUCGUCACGAAGAAGGAAGCGGAUGGCGGGAAGUGACAUUCAAAUGAUGCUCCACCCCCGUCAACCCCAACAGGUUGUUUCCGUUAUGACGUUGUGGAAUAACAAUGUCAAUCUUGAGUGAAGAACGACAUGAGUCGAUUCCACGUUUCCACAGGCGUCCAUUUGCAUUGUACAGAAAACCAUGUUGUUGUUGUUUUUUCUCUUUCCCUGUAUUGUUUUGACGCCAGCCAUCUUGUGCCAGGCAGAGAUAAGAGAAACUGCAAGAUGGCUGAAGACAAACAGUUGCAAUGCGCAGACCUCCGCCAAGGAGCAAAAGACCACAAUUUGGGAUGCAUGUCUUUGUCGCAUGGUAGUUCGCUCUCGAUCGACGAUAAAAAAAUGCAACAACAAAACAUUUUUUUUUGGUUUCCACGUUAUAGAAACAUGCGUGUUAGGUUCAUUGAAGACAAAAAUAAACAUAGGUUGUUAAUGCCUGUCUAAAAGUGCGCUUGGCUGGCAACCACUCCAUAUCAGACUACUCUUGCAGGUGGUGCCAAGGCAUGAUAAAAGUUGGCCUAUCGCACAAAGCAACAUACUUUUCUUCUUGUCUGUUAACUUUUCGUCUUGCGAUUAUUUUUAUUUUCAAGCCACAUCAAAAUUUAAGGCAUGGAACGGUGGGUUGUUAUAUUUGCAUUAUUUUUCAAAAAAUAAUUGGGUCAGGCGACAUGAUGGGUGAGCUGGAAAGUGUUGACCUCUCAGUGCUGAGGACCCGGGGUCGAUCCCGUGUGUGGUGUUUGCCUGCGUGGGUUUUCUUUGGUCACUCUGAUUUCCUCCCACAUCCCAAAAAUGCAACAUUAAUCGGACACAAAAUUGCCCCUUGGUGUGAUUGUGAGUGCGGGUGUUUUGUCUCUGUGCCCUGCGAUUGGCUGGCGACCAGCUCAGGGUGUCCCCCGCCUCCUGCCCGUUGACAGCUGCGACAGGCUCCAGCACUGCCAAAACCGUUGUUAGGAUAAGCGGGUCAUUGCCCCAAGUGCAACAGGACUGUAACAGCAAAACCUUGACACUUGUCAUUACUAAAAUGUCAAUCUAUUAGUGGUCACAAGCACGACUUUAGUAAAUAAUUCACUUUCUUAAAAUCUAAAUUUAGCAAUACCCCCCCCCCCCCCUCCUAGGAUUCUUUCUCAAAAUGUCAUCGAUAUGCUAUUCCCCUUUCCACCUUUUUACUAAGAAUGUCUUCACUGAUUGGCUGGGGUGGAAUCACAUGCUUCUGCAUCCCGACCAUAAUACUCAAUAUAGCUGCUCCAUAGCGAAGAGAAAUUAAAAAAAGUGUAUGUGGAAAAAUCUUAAUUUUUGUGUGCAUUUAAUGUUCAUGCUCCUUGGUGGAGGUAAU